GUCUGGGUCAAUUAUCGGAGUGGAGAGCGUGAGUCGGACCGCGCUGCAGUGGCUGCGUCUCUGGGAGCGCCUCUCCAAUGAGCGCCUGAACCGCCCCGCUGCUCCGACACACAGCUCCCGGGGGUGGGGACGCCACAAGUCUCGAAUCUGGAGGAGUUUCGAGGGGAAAAAAAAAAAAAACCAUGGGAUUCGAGUUGGAGCGCUUCAAGGGCACCGUGGACCCGGAUUUCAAAUGCAACUUGUGUAACAAAGUCCUGGAGGAGCCGCUGACGACUCCGUGCGGCCACGUCUUCUGCUCGGGCUGCGUGCUGCCCUGGGUGGUGCAGCGGAGCAGCUGCCCCGUCCGCUGCCAGCGGGUCUCCGCCAAGGAGCUGAACCUCGUCCUGCCCCUGAAGAACCUCAUCCUGAAGCUGGAGAUCAAAUGCGAUCACUACUCGCGGGGCUGCGACGCCGUGGUGAGGCUGCAGCAUCUGGCCGCGCACGCACAGGAGUGCGGCUUCUCCCCGGCCAAGUGCGCCAAUGAGGGAUGCGAGGAGGUGCUGAGCCUGGGGGACAUGGACGCGCACAUGCGGGAGACGUGCGAGCACCGGCCGGCGGGGGUGUGCGAGCUGGCGGGCGGCUGCGGGCUGAUGCUGACCCACAGGGAGAGCGUGAUGGGCAGCCACUGCUGCGUCGCGGCGCUCAGGGCGCACAACGGCGCGCUGCGCUGCAAGCUGCUGCUGCUGGACCGGGAGUGCAAGAAGCAGGCGAUCCGAGCCAACCGCAGGGAGAAGCUGCUGCUGGGACAGCUGUCCGCCGUGCACGGAGAGCUGCAGGCCACGGCGCUCAAGUACCAGAAGAAGUUCACCGAGUACAGCGACCGCAUCGACUCCCUCACCAGGACCGUGGCGCUCUCCUGCAAGGAAGACAUGGCUAACAGUGUGAGCGUUGUCCUUAUUCGUGAAGGUGGAUCUCUGGGUUUUAACAUCGUUGGAGGAAGACCAUGUGUGGACGACAAUGACAGCACUUCAAAUGAAGGGAUCUUUGUAUCCAAGAUCGUUGAGAAGGGCUCAGCGGAUAAGGAAGGAGGUCUUCAGAUUCACGACAGAAUAAUAGAGGUCAACGGUAAGGAUCUCUCCAAGGCCACCCAUGAUCAGGCAGUGGAGGCGUUUCGCACCGCCAAGGAGCCCAUCAUGGUCCAGGUUCUGCGCCGGGCCCCUUACCCCAAACUGGCCGGCCCUGCAGCCGACACUCAGGUCUCGGACAUGGGCACCCAGACUGACAUCACCCUCCAGCAUAUAGUGGCCCUCACCAAGCUGCCUCCCUCACCCCCCAUGACGGAGCUGGACGAGUAUCUGCUGCCGGAGGAGCAUCCUCCUCAGCAUGCGUACUUUGACCCCAAUGACUUCCUGGAGGGCAUUCAGCAGGACAUUGAGCGUGACGAGCUGGAAUAUGAGGAGGUGGAUCUGUAUCGUGCCAACAUCCAAGACAAACUGGGCCUGACCAUCUGUUACAGGACUGAUGAUGAGGAUGAAGCUGGGAUUUACAUUAGCGAGAUCGACCCAAACAGCAUCGCUGCCAGGGACGGCCGAAUCAGAGAGGGAGACAAAAUCAUACAGAUAAACGGCAUCGAGAUCCAAAACCGGGAAGAUGCCGUGGCGCUGCUGACCAGUGAGAGCAACCAAAACAUCUCUCUGCUGGUGGCCAGGCCAGAAAUCCAGCUAGACGAGGGCUGGAUGGAUGAUGACAGGAACGACUUCCUGGAUGACCUUCACAUGGACAUGCUGGAGCAGCAGCACCACCAGGCCAUGCAGUUCACGGCCAGCAUGCUGCAGCAGAAGAAGCACGAGGAGGACGGCGGCACCACCGACACGGCCACCCUGCUGUCCAACCACCACGAGAAGGACAGCGGAGUGGGCCGCACGGACGAGAGCACCCGCAACGACGAGAGCUCGGAGCAGGAGAACCUGGGCGACGACCAGACCACCACGGCCUCCAACACGCUGGGCAGCUGCAGGAAGCUGACCUACAGCCAGGACACCCUCGGCAGCACCGACCUGCCCUUCAGCGGCGAGUCCUUCAUCUCCGCCGACUACACCGACGCCGACUUCCUGGGCAUCCCGGCGGACGAGUGCGAGCGCUUCCGGGAGCUGCUGGAGCUCAAGUGCCAGAUGAGGAGCGGCAGCAGCGCGCAGGUGCUCUACAGCCAGGCGGCCGGCGCGGGAGGCCCGGACCAGGAGGGCGUGGACCGGGAGCUGGAGCUGCUCAACGAGGAGCUGCGCAGCAUCGAGCUGGAGUGCCUGAACAUCGUCCGCGCUCACAAGAUGCAGCAGCUGAAGGAGCAGUGCCGCGAGUCGUGGAUGCUGCACAACAGCGGCUUCCGCAACUACAACACGAGCAUCGACGCUCGUCGCCACGAGCUGUCGGACAUCACGGAGCUGCCGGAGAAGUCCGACAAGGACAGCUCCAGCGCCUACAACACCGGGGAGAGCUGCCGCAGCACCCCGCUCACCCUAGAACUGUCUCCGGAUAACUCGCUCCGCCGGGCGGCGGAGAACCCGGACACGGCCGGCCCGUCCGGCUCCGGCUCCGGCGGCUCCGGCGGCAGCAGGAUGCUCAAGUCCCUCCUGUCCCCCGUCCCGGAGGCCUGCAGCCCCGGCCGGAGCAGAGGCUCCUCCAAGGAUCCAGACGCAGCGCUGCAGGCCGAGAGCAAGGAGAGGAAAGAGUCCAGCAAGGGCGGCCGGACCUGCUCCCAGCCCCACUCCCCGUACAAGCACGCUCACAUCCCGGCGCAUGCGCAGCACUACCAGAGCUACAUGCAGCUGAUCCAGCAGAAGUCGGCGGUGGAGUACGCCCAGAGCCAGAUGAGCCUGGUCAGCAUGUGCCGGGACCCCAUCGGCCCCGACGACCUGGACCCCAAGAUGGAGUGGAAGGUGAAGAUCCGCAGCGACGGCUCGCGCUACAUCACCAAGCGGCCCGUCCGCGACAAGCUGCUGCGGGAGCGCGCCCUCCGCAUCCACGAGGAGCGCUGCGGCAUGACCACGGACGACGACGCCAUCAGCGAGCUGAAGAUGGGCCGCUACUGGAGCAAGGAGGAGAGGAAGCAGCACGCGGUGCGCGCCAAAGAGCAGAGGCAGCGCCGCGAGUUCAUGAAGCAGAGCCGGGCCGACUGUCUAAAGGACGUCAGCCCCGAGGACAGAAAGGAGCCCAACAUCAUCGAACUCAGCCACAAGAAAAUGAUGAAAAAAAGGAACAAGAAAAUAUUUGACAACUGGAUGACGAUCCAGGAACUGCUAACCCACGGCACCAAGUCCCCGGACGGCACGCGGGUUUACAACUCCCUCCUGUCUGUCACCACAGUCUGAGCGGCCCUGCGGCAGACCGGACUGGACACGAGACAAGUUCCCGCCUCUUUCAAGGCGGCAACGGCGUGUAAAUAGCUAAUAAGAGAAGUUUUUUCCACCUCUGCGGGGAGGACGUCCGGAGAGGACGGUUGGACUAGACUGAACGGGACUCGGCUGCUGGAAUGAUGAUGGUUUUGGAGACAUUUUUCUGUAUCCUUUUCUACCUUUGUACUUAUACCCUUUUGAGUAUUUUUGGAGACAAAACAGAACAUUUGACUUUUGUGGAAGGUUUUGAGAGUCUGAAGAGCGCGUGCCCGACUUUACCAGCCAGCGUGGACGUUAUCUACGUCGCCUGUCUCUGUUAUCCUGUCAGUAUUCUACCAUUACACAUAAAGUCUUGUUUUUUAAAUGCCAUUUUCCACUAAACUCCAUUCAGAAAAACAUUUGUCGAUUGGAAACCACGUUUGUAAAAAUCUGCUUUUUUGUUUCUUUUAAUUUCAUUCAGUUGUUGCUGAUUUCCCAAAGUUACAUACCGCGAGUGAUUUCCAUCUGUUGCACGGUGUGAAGAACAUCGUAACGUAAUAUUCUUUUAUAUGCACGUACAUUUAGAGAAAGAUGUUCCUCUCAUUGUUUAAAAAAAAGAAAUGUUCCAGCACGCAUAUAGUUGCUUUUGCUUUCAUAGGACUUCAUGUAUUGGACAAAAUAACAGCGUAACAAAUCUUUAGUUAGCCACACAAUUUGAGUCUUGUAAAAUGAAAGAAAUAAUAAAUUAUUGUUUUAUAUAUUAUGAGCUUUAAAGUGCUGUUGGACUUUGUCAUUCAUGAGAUCAAUAAAGUAGCGACAGAGGAA